UGAGCGUCUCCCUCCUGCCUCCUUGCAUGUGACAGCGUCCCUCCCUCUUUCUCUCCUCCUCCUCCUCCUCCUUUUCUCAUUAGGUUUUUUUUUUCCUGCCGGUGAAACACCGACACACUCCCUUUUCCCUUAAACCGGGGGAAUAAACACGGAGCGGCGACAGGAGCUGGACUAACCUUCCCUCCCCGGUGCGCACCGGUUCUCCCGUGGAUGCCUGUCUGAAAGGAGGGUUGGUGUUAUCCCCCCCGAGUCAGAGUUGAAGAGUGCAAGACAGGAGUCCUCCCAGUCAGCAGGGGGUAGCAGCAGGCAUGCAGGACUCCGCCUCUGACCUCAAGAUGGCCAAACAGGAACACAACUCCAAGCACCUGGACGAAAGCAAAGAAACAGACGAGAUGUCUGAGAAGACGUCGCCAAACAAGAACCUCAAAUCGCCCCAGAAAGGCUCCAAGCGGCUGAAAACGGCUCCCUUCAAAGUGAACCUGCUAGACGCCGUGGAGUUCGAGGGAGAAAUUGAGAAACACUCAAAAGGACAGACCCUGAUGGACAUGGUCUGUGAGCACCUCAACUUGCUGGAGAAGGACUACUUUGGCCUGACCUUUGCUGACAUGGACACACAGAAGAACUGGUUGGACCCCUCCAAGGAGAUCAAGAAGCAGAUGCGCAACUCUCCAUGGCACUUUGCCUUUGCGGUCAAGUUCUACCCUCCAGACCCCUCCCAGCUCACAGAAGAUAUUACCAGAUACUACCUGUGUCUGCAGCUGAGGGACGACAUGCUGUCAGGUCGGCUGCCAUGCUCAUUCGUCACUCACGCCCUCCUCGGCUCUUACACCGCUCAGGCCGAGCUGGGAGACUACGACCAGGAGGACCACGGCUCGGACUACGUCAGCGAUUUCCGCUUUGCCCCCAAUCAGACCCGCGAGCUGGAGGAGAGGGUGAUGGACCUCCAUCGAAAUUACAAGGGGAUGACUCCAGCAGAGGCUGAAAUGAACUUCUUGGAGAAUGCAAAGAAGCUGUCCAUGUAUGGUGUGGACCUCCACCACGCUAAGGAUUCUGAAGGGAUUGAAAUUAUGCUGGGUGUUUGUGCCAACGGUCUGCUGAUUUACCGAGAUAGGCUGAGAAUCAACCGCUUUGCCUGGCCAAAGAUCCUGAAGAUCUCUUAUAAGAGGAGCAACUUUUACAUCAAGAUACGACCUGGAGAGUACGAGCAGUUUGAAAGUACAAUUGGUUUUAAGCUUCCCCACCAUAGAGCUGCCAAGAGGCUGUGGAAGGUCUGCAUUGAGCAUCACACGUUCUUUCGGUUGGUAUCUCCAGAGCCUCCACCUAAGGGUUUCUUGGUAAUGGGUUCAAAGUUCCGAUACAGUGGAAGGACACAGGCUCAAACCAGACAGGCCAGUGCACUUAUAGACCGGCCUGCGCCACACUUUGAGCGCUCCACCAGUAAGAGGUACCUGCUGUCCAGGAGCUUGGACGGAGAGUUUUCACGGCCAGUCUCUGCCAUGUGUGAGAACCAUGAUGACUUGUCCCACCGCAGUGUCAGUGAACACCGUUGCCUCCACAGCCCAUCUGUGGAUGAGCAGGAGACCGAGCUAGAGCCCAGUCUGGAGCAGGAUGAGGAGGACAAGGACCAAGAUGACGGUCAGGAAUCAGAACAGGACAAAGACGCAGAUGGCAACGUUAGCCCAAGCCGAAAGAAGGAGAUCAGGGAGGAGGCUGGGUCACCAGUUGACAAUAAACAGGAGGUUUCUCAGUUGGACCAGGAGGCCACACCUCGGCACAAACAGGAGUUCCUGGACAAGUCACAGGACGUGUUGCUGAAGCACCAGGCAAGCAUCAAUGAGCUGAAGAGAGCGCUGAGGGAACCCAACAGUAAGCUGAUGAACCGUGAGAAGCGUCUGUCCGCAACCUCGCCGACCAGCACGCCAGAGAAGAAGGCUUCUGUGGGCCGAGCAGCUGGAAAGGAACCUGUAAACAGCCUGUCUGUUGAGGGUUACGUCCAGAAGACUAUGGUGACAUCACCUGAGGGCUCUGAGGAGUGGGUAUUGAUUGAAAAACAAGAAACUUAUCAACCAGACCAAAAGUGGAAGGCAGAAGAAAGAAACAAAUCUCUUGCAUCUGAUUCCUUGUGGGAGAAAAAGGAGCUGGAAAAAGAGAUCAAUGUUACCAUGAUGAUACAUAAAGAGGUGACAGGGAAUGACAGAAAAGGAAUGAAAAGCCAUAUUGGUGAAACAAAACCAUCCAGUGAGGCAGAUGAGUGCUCUGAAUCUUGGCCGACCAACAAAGGCCGUUUUGUGAUUCAGUUAUCUGAGAAUGCAGACUCGUUUCAAGACAAAUCUCAAAGUAAACCAUCCCACGCCUCAGACCCCGAGGCGAACAGCGCGGCGGCCCUGGGCUCACGCCAGACAAAGGACCAUGCAGGGUCUAAACAAAGGAAAAAGAGGAGACCCCAGAGCUUAAACCUAGGAAUGCCUGCAGAGCUCAUCUACAGGAAAGCAGGCAGUGAUUCUUCCGGAGACGAAAAUGAAGAGUCAGACUCAGACGUUAGCCCAAAAAUAAAUUCUCAAACAAAAAAUCAUUGUGAAUCCUCCAUGGUGAUGGAGAAAGAUGAUGAGGCAUCAGAAAAGAGUAAUUUGGUCAAGGUCUCUGAAGACACUAAACAGGAGGAAUUCUCAGUAGUAGAAAGUGGAGAGAGCACCGAUCAGGUAAAGAGAAAAAUAGUGAGCGAGGUUGAAACCACAGAUAUUAAUUUAGGGUCGGUGAACGGACCUGGAAAGAUCGAACACGAUAGUUCAUUAAUGGGUGUUAAAGGAGAAUGUGUGUUGAAAAUCCGAGGAAAGGGCCUUAUUGACAAUAAAGAGCUUGCUGAGGUAAAGCUGAGACAGGUCAGGACACACGAGAGGAAGAUCAGUAGUUCUGGCUCUGAGGAUAUAGAAGGUUUCUUGGGGGAGAGAGGUCAGAGGACGUCUCUCCACCGACUGUCAGGCAGCAGCUACCAGUCUGAAAUCACCAGGAUUGUUCCUUUAAAGCCAGAGAGGUCAAAGAGCAUAGCAUGUAAGGAUGAGAGGGACAGGACAGGACAGGAGGAGCCCUCUCGGGCCAUCAGAAGAGAAUACCGCUGGUCGGUCGGCUCUCCGGAAGGAUCCUCAGACCUCAACUGGACUGACGUCUCCACCUUCCAUUCGGCAUUUGCAGCAGAUGUGGAGGGCUUUGCUAAAACAGAGCAAGCUGAUGAUAACUAUCAGUCUGGUAGAGGAACUACAGAGAGUCACUCAUUCAGCUCAAAGAUUUCAGCGCUUCACAAAAUGGCUCCCCCAGCGCCACCCGUUAAGACACAGAAGGCCAGGGAGUCCGGGCUAAUACUGCGGAACAGUCGCAAUAUCGGCAGGGAACCGAGCCUGGACGCAGCCAAGAAGAGACACUCGGAGCCUGUUUCCACUCCUGCCAUUUAUGAAGAGCCGUUUGCUGAUUUUAAGAAGGAGUUUGUGGACAGGAGGCUCCAACCUAGUGUAGCCACAGAAGAAGAGCAGGAGCGAGACACCGUGGCCUGCAUGAGAGAAACCCAACUGGGCAUCGAGCGGAAGUGCUCCAGCAUGACUGUCAGCUCCACGUCCAGCCUGGAAGCCGAGGUUGACUUCACUGUCAUCACCGAUCUCCACCCUGGUGUGGAGGACUUCCCUAAAGGCAUGUUGGAGCUCGGGGAGAGGGAGCGACUGCCCGAGGUGGGACGUGAGGACUUUGAGGAGACCUCCAGGUUCUACUCCGCCCGUCUGAUGGGUUCACGGGACAAGUCUCCCAUUGAGGAGAAGCUUCCUGAGGCGGGAAUGCAUUAUGAGCCUCCCGUGGCAAAGAAAGACCCAAGUGCUGUCACUGUGGCUCACAUGCUGAAAAGAGCCGACUCCAAGACUGAGACGCACACAAAUGGAUCAGAGGUUCAUCCCAACAUCGUUAGUUUCUCACCACAGACCUGUGGUGUGGUCAGUCCACGGGAGGCUCCUGCUGCCCUGAAAGAAAAUGGCUCCCCUGUAAAAGCCAGUCCCCAGGAGAGAGAGUCCGUCGUGUCCCCACUGACCAUCACUACUGAGAGCGUCACCUCAGCAACCACGACUCAAGUUACUAAGACUGUAAAAGGAGGAUACUCAGAGACCAGAAUCGAGAAAAGGAUUAUCAUCACAGGAGAUGAUGAUGUGGACCAACAUCAGGCGCUCGCCAUGGCGAUCCAAGAAGCCAAGCAGCAGCACCCUGACAUGCUGGUGACAAAAGCAGUGGUUAUCAGGGAAACGGAGUCUCCCACAGAGGACGUGCAGCAGAAAGCUGAGUCCUGAUCAGUCACGGUUUCCGGGGAGACACGUGGAGAGAAGGAUCCUCCUGCUCCUCCCUGUAGGUCGCCACCUAGAGGACUAUCUCCCCCACUGAGGAUACACCAUCACAAGAACUAACUGAGCUCCAUGAAGUCGUCAGCAGACCUUCCACUCUUGUCCCUUUAGACAAACCAACUGUGACCCAGCUUCUUGGACGAGCCUGGCUCAGCCUGGCUCAGCCUGGCCUAUCCCAGUCCUCCACCUCCUUACAGAACAGGAAGAGGUAACCACUAAGCGUGAUGCGAGACUGUGAGAGUGGAAAAACCCAGUCACGGCUGUCACUAUUUGAAAUCCCCCCCUCUAUUUAGAGUCAUUUGUCUGAAACUUUACUUGCGUACCAUUUAAUCAAAAACAUUUCGAGUCAUUUGAACCCUCAGGAUCAUUUUAAAUCCGAACACCCCACACCCCCAGUACCUUACCCUUUACCUAAAAAAUAAGAAAUCUUUCUAUUUUAAUGUCAAAUACUGUAUCUUCUCUGUGCUACUGUCACAUAUGAAAUGUAUAUAAGAGCAGAGAAUGGUGAUGGUGGGGACGGGGGGGGGGGCAGCCAUUUUGCUUGUCGUUGCCACCUCUUGGCUGUGACGCCUUCAGUAUAAUCAACAGCUGUCUUAUUAGCUUUUUACAUUUUUAUCAAUAGAGAAUCUAAUUUAUGUCCAGUGUUUGCUUGUUUAUGAAAUAUGUAUAAUAUCAGAUUAUUAUAAUCUGCAUGAGUCAAUAACAAAAUAGCAGAGGGAAUGAAAAAAGUCAAUACAUACAAGCUGUGAUGUGAUGGGACUGAGCAGCUGCAGAGGAAAAACACGUGAUAAAAACAAUAUAGAGAUAUAUAUAUAUAUGUAUAAAACAAUGCUGGGACAAUGAGUGGUGGACACUAAACCAAUGUUGAAGGACUUUGCAGAGGAAUGUGAGGACAGUUCAGUGGACAGCUGGAACCCCUGUCUUCAUCACACAAACAUCUCUACUGUCCUUGUCCUCUUUCUCCCGUCCUCCACUGUUUUCAUUUUCACCGUCAACAAACACAAAGAAAUGCCGGGGACACGUUUUGGGAACUGUUUUAAAGAUUUGUAGAGAAAUUUUAAUAUAAAUAAGGUUUCAUCUGAUAAGUUUAAAUAAUGUGAUGAUAUGUUUUACUGUUUUCUUACUUGAUUUCUUUAUUUUGGUUUUGUUUUAUUUGAUUUGUUACUGUUGUGUAUUUGGAUGUUUCAGUCUUCACGUGUGAACCUGCUGUCGUCAAUAUAAAAGUUUGUGACCUGAUACUUAAAGGUAAUUAACAUUUAUCAACACGUUAUUUAGAGCAGGGGUUUCCAACUGCUUAGCCAGACAUGAAACCUGCCUACUACAUCGUGUUCUGUAAUUUUUUUUCCUGAAAGUGUCAAUAUUUAAUUUAUUGAACAUCAAUUUAUUUUCAUUUAAAAUGACCAGACCGUAACAAGUUACAAUGACAUUUUCUGCGGAAAACAGCUUAGGGGGCUCACACUGAUGGCGAGUUGAAGGUCCUGCGUUUAAGAAAUAGUGACUGAAUCUACCUUCACCUACCAGAAAGGAUGAUGUUUGUCAUUAAGUCUUUGCUUCAAACCACUGUGGCUUGUUGUUUAUUCAUUUGAGAUGCUGCAGAAACACAGCGGCCUCCUUAAGUACACAUAAUUAUUCUAAGGCUUUCAAAAACAAACAGCUUUAUAUAAUCAGUGUUUUUGAAUCUCCUUUGUGCCACAGCACAUUUCUUUCCUUGUAAAAAAAUUCCCUGGGAACACAUCCAUUCCAAAUGUGACAGAAAGAAACAUCACAGUAGACUACUAUGGGUCUAUAUUUUUCCUCUUUGUUGGCAGCCUUGUCACUUUUUUUUAACAGUCUUUAAUUCCCUAAAUCUGAAUAUCAGUAAUGUCAGAUAACACACUACUGCCACCCACUGGCCGUACCACCAAUAUUACAACCAUAUGCUCAAGAAUUUUAUGUAUGGAAUCAAUGCUUUUGCACAAUUUUCUGGACCCAAUUGUGUAUACUCUAACUAUCAUUUUCAUGUUGCACAUUUCAUUAUCUCUCCCGGCACAGUAGUUGAUGAGAAACACUUGUUUAUGCAUCUUAACAAGACAUUUGCUCUGUAGUGAAGGUCCGUCAGAAAAAUCACAACAGAAGUAAGAACAUUCAUUGUUGGUCGCCCCUGAUCUAGAGAGACAACAUCCACACUGUAAAAACAGGUUUAAAAAGGUGAAUAUCAGGAAAGAUCCAGUGAAUUCUAAGACUGAUUCUGUCAAUAAUCCAUCCCAUCAUCCCUGAACCUGCUCCAAUAACUUGUACGCAGUGAAACAAACUGUCCAUUGUGAUGCCUGAAACAUUCAGAAACACAAGAUUAACAUGGUUUGCUAUAUUGUUGUGUUUUUUGUUGUUGUUGUUGGAUUAACUCUUUUAAAUUAUGGUGUAUGAGUUUGUUAUUGUAUUUAUAGGAGUGGCGAGUAUGAGGCCUGUGCUUUUCCUCCUCCCCCACCACCUCACAGACAAAGACUCUGAGUGUGACACACGCGACUAUCCACAGGACCCGUCAACAUGUAUCCUGGAAGACCUUUAAUACUAUGCAUCACUUAUCAUACAUGAGGAUCCCUCUGACAGAGCCUGAGCCGUGCUAGCCGUACUGCUGUCAUUGUUAACUCUGUGCUACUGUUAGACCAAAGCAGUGGACCUGCACUGCUUGUGUGAAUUUGCAAUAAGCAGCCAUUACUCUCGUAUCCUCUGUCCUCCAAAGGGAGAAAACUGUGAACUUUCAUGAAAGUGAAACCAAAAUAUAGCAGAGUGUGUGCUGGAGCUUUUCCAACACUUGGAUUUCCAUGGCUUUGUCUCCCUCCUUGUCUUAAUUCCCCCUCAAACCCUUUGACUUGAAACUGUCCACCUGCUGUUGAUGUGUCUGUGGAAAAAAAAAAAAAAAAUAGAA